AUGUCAUUUGGAUUUUCCGUCGGUGACUUCAUUGCGGUUGGAAAGCUGAUCAAAGACAUUAACGAUUGCCUGCAGUCAGCUGGUGGUGCGAAGUCACAAUACCAGGAGAUUAUUCGAGAGCUUUAUAUACUCAGCAAAGCUUUGGAUCAUAUUGAGCAUCUCCCAGCGACUGACGAAUCAAAGACUGAACAACUGGAUUACAUAAAAUUCGCUGCACUCAGUUGCCGGUAUCCACUGCAGCAGUUCUUGGAGAAGAUAAAGGAAUACGAUGGCUCUCUAGGUAUCGGAGCUAAAACGAACAUAUUCAGGAAGACAGCGCGCAAGUUCCAAUGGUCUUUUGGUAGUUCGAAAGACGUUGGGCCGCUACAAAUGUACUUGAACACUCAUAUUGUUACGAUCAACAUGUUACUUGAGCAAUACGGUCUGGACCAGAUGGUGUCCUGGGGCAAGAAGGUCGAUAAGAAGUUCAACCAGGUGAACAAGACGCUGAAAAAGAACCAAGCAAUGGUCGAAGAUGUGAAGAAAGACACGUCAAAUAUGGACACCUCCCUGGGCCAACUAUUGCUCGCGGUCAGGCAGAAUCGACUUUCCAUCGAGCAGUUUGAUAAAAGCUUUGCUGAGAUUCAAAGAUCUCUGGGAGACCUCGACACAGGAAUGACUUAUCUUCAGAGACCCUUUCAUGUUGAGGAUGCUCUUGGUUUCAUAUACAAGAUUCCAUCGGAGCUCGGCUACGGUCUGCUGGACACUUACAUCCGAUACCGUUUCAAAACAGGUGCUGGUUCCCUAGAUGUGGCUCUAGGCAACUACGAGUUCUUUAAAGCGGACCGGAGAUCGUCGACAAUCACUGCAUCUUCUCAGCUCACGCCUGGGGCACGUAUUGUGAUGGCUGUCAUAGUGAAAGCAAACGUGGAAAAGCCUUGCCCAAUGCCCGGAUGCGCCUCUGUCAAAGCUCACCAUUACCCUGGUGGAGGCUUCACAUGCGAUCAUUGCGAUGUAUGGUUCGACCAGAGCACAAAGGGAAGACAUGAACUUGAAGACAAAGCCAAGGAAGUUCACGAGCUCACCAUUUCCACGAGGAAAUCGUCCAUAGAUGAUUCUAAAGAGUCUCCAGGUCAGGGUGUCAAUACGGAUAAACAGUCGCUCAGAAAUGUCAAAAUCGCACGCGCGGGCCAGUCAUCUAAAAGCGAGUCCAUGAAACAGCACGUGUUUAGGUACAUGGCGAUAGAGAAUAUUAGAGAUGAUGAUAUUGAUUCAAUGAAGAAAACAAGAGAACUGCGAGACGCGCUCGAAAACUACAGGUUGCCAAAGUCGGGUAAGAGGAGUGUCUAG